GAGAAACGGCAGCAGUAGCAGAAAGACGAAGACGAUCUGCUGUGCGUUCAUCGUCACAACCUGGCCUGGUUCAUCUUCCCUCUCUCCGAUUUGCUGCUGUUGUUGUUGUUGUUCUUCUUCUUCUUUGUGUUUUCCUGCUAUAAAUCGAAAAACCCUAGCAAAUAGGGUGUGGGGAAGGGGAUAAGGAGGGGUGAAAUUGUCCAAUUUCAAGGGGAUUGAGGGUAUAACUUAAUAACACCACAAACCCCAGCCAUAACUAAUACCCGCAAGCCCCCUUCGCCGGUAUUGCCAAUGGGGCGACAAAAUAAUACCGGCGGCCAUUUGGCUUGACAAGGGCAUAACUAAUCCCAAUUGCCAAUCCGGCAUCCAAUCGGGCCAAUACUACAAAAAAAAGAGAAACCAUUAUACUCGGUGACCUUCGGUGACUUUCGGUCCAAAACAGAACACAUUUCAGUGUCAACUAUUCAUUUCCUCAGCUGAAAACCCAUUUUAGUCCGAAACAAAAAAAAAACACACAUACCCCGAUCUCUCUCUACACACCCCUCUCUCUCUCCGCAGACUCCAAUAUCGGCGAUCAAAACCCACGCCGAUCUGAGUUAUGCAGUGGGGCUUGUUCGGAUUCGCCGAACAAAUUCGCAGUGGGGCUUGCCCAUCUCCUCUCCAGACAAAUUCGCCGGAGCUUGUUCUGAUUUUCCGGAGCAUGCUAGAUGGCGUGGCUCAUAAUUAUUGUUUCAGUUUUUGUGAUGUGGAUUUCUACAUUGUGCAAGAUUCUCCACACAGCUCACUCAUCUUCUAAGGCUGCAUUUUUAAGUAAUGGUGGAUCUUUUCACCAGAGAAACGUCUUGCUGGUUAUUGCCCAUCCUGAUGAUGAGUCCAUGUUUUUUACUCCUACAAUAAACUACCUCACUUCCAGGGGGCAUAGUGUACACAUAAUUUGCAUGUCAACGGGCAAUGCAGAUGGAAUGGGAAACAUUAGGAAAGAAGAGCUAUAUCAGGCUUCUGCAGUGCUUAAGAUUCCAGUCCAACGAGUGAAAAUCCUGGACCAUCCAGAUUUUCAGGAUGGUUUUGGCAAAGUAUGGAACUGUGAAUUAUUGGCAAGUAUAAUUGAUGAGGAAAUUCGUAGUCACACCAUUGAUUUGAUAAUUACUUUUGAUAACUAUGGUGUUUCGGGUCACUGUAAUCAUCGUGACGUGAAUCUUGGGACACGCAAACUCUUGCAUGAAACUGCAGAAAGAGAUAUUGAAGCUUGGGAACUAAUCAGUAACAAUAUAUUACGGAAGUAUAGUGGACCUGUUGAUAUCUGUUUGUCCCUUGUUUAUGCCACAAUGUAUCAAAAUGGAGAGUUGCAUUGUCUGCUGAAUGAACGUCCAAAUAGAAGCUAUAAUGCAAUGGCCCAACACAGGAGCCAGUGGAUUUGGUUUCGCAAGCUUUUUGUGGUGUUUUCGAGUUAUACUUACGUGAACACUCUGAAGAAGAUCAACUAGUAUACACUGCAUGUGUUCAUUCUUUGUUAGCAUGUUUCGAGCUUUCUCCAGUAGCUCAAUGUGAAAACAGAUGGCUUCUUGUUUAAUUGCCAUCAGAAGUUCCAUUCAUAUUUGACGAUGUACCCUUUUCCUCUUUAUCAGUGCAAUAGAAAAUAUGGAAGAUGGAAAUUGAAAAUCA